CCACUCACCAUUUACAUCCCAAAACAAAAUUAUAAAAACCAAAACAAAAUCAGAAACCAAACCAAAUCUCAGCCGCCGCCACCUCACAAAAAAAAACAUGGCAACCUCAUCUCUCGCGUCCUCCUUCACUCACAGCAAACACAAACAUUUCCAUCAAAACCCUAACCGCGCCACCGCGCUCCGUCGCACUCCCACGGUAAUCUCCUGCACCUCCUCCACACUCGACCCCUCCCCUUCCUCCAACAACACCACCAGAAAAAACCGCCGUCCCGCCGAUGAAAACAUCCGCGAGGAGGCGCACCGCCGCCGCUCCUCUUCCUCCAACCUGUUCUCCGCCAAAUACGUCCCAUUCAACGCGCCGCCUGGCUCUAACGAAUUCUACUCCCUAGAUGAGAUUGUUUACAGAAGCCGCUCCGGCGGUCUCCUCGAUGUACAGCAUGACAUGGAAGCGUUAAAGAAAUACGACGGCGCGUAUUGGCGCGAGUUGUUCGACUCGCGUAUCGGGAAAACCACGUGGCCGUACGGGUCAGGUGUUUGGUCUAAAAAGGAAUGGGUUCUACCGGAGAUAGAUUCCGAUGAUAUUGUCUCCGCUUUUGAAGGGAAUUCUAAUUUAUUUUGGGCUGAGCGUUAUGGCAAACAGUUUCUGGGCAUGAAUGAUUUAUGGGUUAAACACUGUGGCAUUAGCCACACUGGUAGUUUUAAAGAUUUAGGUAUGACUGUUUUAGUCAGUCAAGUUAACCGUUUGCGUAAACUGAAAAAACCGGUGGUCGGCGUUGGUUGCGCCUCCACCGGAGACACUUCGGCUGCGCUGUCUGCCUAUUGCGCAUCGGCCGGGAUUCCAUCUAUUGUGUUCUUGCCUGCUGACAAGAUUUCCAUGGCGCAAUUGGUUCAACCGAUUGCGAACGGAGCAUUUGUGUUGAGUUUGUUAGACACUGAUUUUGAUGGGUGUAUGAAGCUAAUUCGCGAAGUUACGGCUGAAUUGCCGAUUUAUUUAGCGAAUUCGUUGAAUAGUUUGCGAUUAGAAGGGCAAAAAACUGCUGCAAUUGAGAUUUUGCAGCAGUUUGAUUGGGAAGUACCGGACUGGGUUAUAAUCCCAGGUGGUAAUUUAGGGAAUAUUUAUGCUUUUUAUAAAGGGUUUAAAAUGUGUCAAGAAUUAGGGCUUGUUGAUAGAAUACCUAGAUUAGUUUGUGCUCAAGCUGCAAAUGCUAAUCCCCUGUAUCUGUACUACAAAUCAGGGUGGAAAGAAUUUAGCCCUGUGAAAGCAAGUUCUACAUUUGCUUCAGCUAUACAGAUAGGAGAUCCUGUUUCUAUAGAUAGAGCUGUGUACGCCUUACAGAACUCGAACGGAAUCGUCGAGGAAGCGACCGAGGAGGAAUUGAUGGAUGCAACGGCGCAGGCUGAUUCUACGGGGAUGUUUAUUUGCCCUCAUACCGGAGUUGCGUUAACGGCUUUGAUUAAGCUUCGGAAUAGCGGGAUUAUCGGUCCGAUGGAUCGGACGGUUGUGGUGAGUACAGCACAUGGGUUAAAGUUUACUCAAUCGAAGAUUGAUUAUCAUUCGAAAGCAAUACCGGAUAUGGCUUGCAAAUUUGCUAACCCUCCUGUGCAAGUGAAGGCAGAUUUUGGUUCUGUAAUGGAUGUUUUGACGAAUUAUUUGGGGAAUAAGGUCCCUAAAUAAACUGCUGUUCUUCUGAUAUUGUAAGUUUAACACUUGUACUCUUUAUGUUGUGUGUUUUUUGCAGAUGUUUACAUGAAUUACGUUGCAGGUUGGCUUAGUUUUAGGAUGUUAGUAUCCAGUUUGAGACACUGAACUGCUGUAAUUUUUGAACGGAGAUGGGUUUGGAAUAAUGAGAAUGUUUUGAUUUA